AUGAUACUCCUAGAAAUAUCUCCAGUGCCGAAAGGAAUUUAUGUGGCUGGACAAGGUAAAAGAAAACCACGCAAGAAACCAACAUUAUUGGUGUUAACUUCAACGCCAAAUAUAGAAGAGGCAAAAGCAAAAUCAGCUCCUCCACCUGUUCCAAAGAAAAACGCGAGAAAGGUUACAAAAGCUCUGGAUUUUAGUUCCGACAGUUAA